AUGACAACCGAGGACUUCACCAUCUUGACAAACCAUACCACACCAUGUAGUUGCGGUCAGGGGUCUCACCGUUUAUGUGGCGCGACUGCAGAGCCGCGGAUGUGCGGCUGGAAGUGCGAACGAGGUGCACCUUAUGCAAAUCACCUCUGCCAGUGCUGCUGUCAACCGAACCCGACGCCGAGCACGACGCCGAGUACGACGCCAAGCGCGACGCCGAGCCUGGAGCUAGGUUCGACGCCGAGUCCGAAUGAGGUAUGCGAGCGCAAGGGCGAUGGCUGCGAGAUCGAGAGCUCAGAUGGCGGCUCCCCAGCAGAGUGCGGCGGUUCAUCUUGCUGCGAGCUCUUCCGGGAGGCCCUCGCGGACCUCCACCAGGAUGGCGGCAACUCGGACCCGAAUGCGGAGGUCAGUUGCGGCGAGGUCCUGGAGGUCGUGUGCUCGGCGUGCGAGGCCAGUGCGGAGGCCGGCUCGAAGUGGGCGAGGCUCGUGAUGGACGGCCUGGCGCUGGCUGGGCGCGGGUCCUCGGGCGCCGCGGCGGCGGCCGCCCUCGCGACGCUCGGAGCGGCCGCUGUGCUCGGCGGAAGGGCCGCGGCGGCACUCAGGCGCUGGGGCGCGGCCCCGGCGCCGGCCGCUGCCAGCUUUGCUUUGGUUCGCGCGGGCUAA